UUGCAGAACCCCUAGGGCCUCGCAAAAGAAACAAGGAAAUACAGGAGAUAAUACACUGAUGAAGAAGAAGAGAUUUGAGAAAAUAAAAGAUACUAUACACGUUCUUCAAGCCUCCCAAUAAAUGUGUCCGAAGCAUCUGCCUAAAAAUAUAGUAAUGCAUUCAAACCACUGAAAAUUAAACAAAGGAGAAGAUGGCCAGGCUUAUCAUUUGAGAAUCUGUCAACCUUCCCUCCAGUCAUCACCAUUACAUGCGACUCUCAUUGACAUCCCCCCUAUUUAAACAGACUACAUCUUUCCCUUCCUUACAAAGAAAACUUCAUUCCCUCCUGGCUCUCUACCUUCCUCUUUCAUUAUCAACUCCUUUCUCCAAUCCCUAUUAGCAACCAACAAACAAACUGAUCAGUUGAUCAAUCAUGGGUGACAAUCAUAACUUCCCAUCUGGGAGGUGUAUGUGGGUGAAUGGCCCAAUCAUUGUCGGUGCAGGUCCUUCUGGCCUCGCUGUUGCGGCCUCACUAAAGGAGAGCGGUGUCCCAUAUGUUAUCUUCGAACGCUCUGACUGCAUUGCCUCCUUAUGGCAAAAGCAGACCUACAAUCGCCUUAAGCUCCAUCUCCCCAAAAAGUUCUGCCAACUUCCAGGACUUCCUUUUCCUGAUUCCUACCCAGAGUACCCUUGCAAAAACCAAUUCAUCGAUUACUUGGAAUCCUAUGCAAAGCAUUUUGACAUAUGUCCAAGAUUCAAUCAAUCUGUCCAGUCCGCUAGGUAUGAAAAUACAAGCGGUCUAUGGCGUGUAAGGACCGUUGGCCUGCAAAAUGAAGAAAUAGAGUAUAUUGGCAAAUGGUUAGUUGUGGCUACAGGAGAGAAUGCAGAUAGAGUGAUCCCCGAAUUUGAAGGAUUGAGGGAGUUUGGCAGUGACAUUAUUCAUGCUUGUGAUUACAAGUCUGGUGAAUCUUAUCGGGGGAAGAAGGUCUUGGUUGUUGGAUGUGGGAAUUCUGGCAUGGAGGUCUGCCUCGACCUUAGCAACUAUGAGUCUUUCCCUUCCAUGGUUGUUCGAGACUCCGUCCAUGUGUUGCCAAGAGAGGUCUAUGGGAAAUCGACAUUCGAAAUGUCAGUUUUCCUAAUGAAAUGGCUACCGCUGUGGCUGGUUGACAAGAUAAUGCUUGCACUGUCUUGGUUGGUCCUUGGUAAUGUCGAGAAUUAUGGGCUGAAAAGACCAGCAGUCGGUCCUUUGCAGCUCAAGAGCACACAGGGGAGAACCCCUGUUUUGGACAUCGGGGCUCUAGACAAGAUAAAAUCUGGUGAAAUUGAGGUGGUUCCUGGUGUCAAGAGGUUUUUACCUGGAAGAGUUGAGUUUCUUGAUGGCCACGUUCUUGACUUUGACGCGGUUGUCAUGGCCACAGGAUAUCGGAGCAAUGUUCCCUACUGGCUUCAGGGGACUGAUUUCUUUUCCAAAAAUGGGCUACCAAUGGCACAAUUCCCAAAUUCAUGGAAAGGUAAGACUGGACUUUACGCCGUUGGAUUCACUAAGAGAGGGUUGGCUGGUGCAUCUUCUGAUGCUGUGAAGGUAGCAAAAGAUCUUAGCGAGGUAUGGAGAGAGGAAACAAAGCAAGCCAGUAAGCUUGUUGCAUGCCACAGGAGAUGCAUCUCGCAAAUAUACUGA